AUGCCCACCUGGGGCCGAGGCGGCGCGGGCAACAUCAUGACCGACGCGCAGAUCGAGGAGGAAAACAGGCGAAUAUCUGCUGACCUCGAAGCCCAACAAUCCGCCGCCGAGACCUUCGCCGCCCCUACCCACCGCCCUAGCUACCCGACCACCACCACCCCCACCGCAUCCCAGUCCCAGCAGUACGCCCUCUCCGGCCGCGGCGGCGCCGGGAACUGGUACUCCCCUGCCGACCUCGCCUCGCGCGGCACCUUCGUCUCCACCACCACUGCCACCUCCAGCAAUUCCCUCGUACCCGAGCCCUCCCCACUCGAUCCCUCCACCAGCAACUUUGACACCCAUCCACGCACCGGCUCCGUCUCUCCGAACCCCCCACCGACAGCCUCAGCUCCCGCAGCCGCGGCCUUCGCGGAGGUCAGCGCAGGACAUCGGGGCCGCGGUGGCGCGGGGAAUUAUGUCUGGGACGGGCAGCGGGAGGAAGAGGAGAAGUUGAAGAGAGAGAAGGAGGACAGGGAUCGGGAGGCUGAGGUUAGGGAGAAGGCGGAACGGGAUGUCGAGACGGGGCUUGCGAGGCCGGGGAGGGCGAAGUUGGAGCCGGGGGGACGGGUGGGGAGAGGAGAGGAGGGGGGAGGGGGGGAGGAGUGGAGAGAGUGGGUGUGA